GAGGGAGACGCCGGCAGCUAGCUCCGGGAGAGGAGUCGUGCGCCCUCCGCUUAGGGCGCCUUUCCUGGGUCGGAGCACUGACGGGUCGCUGGGAGCAUCUCGGUGCUACCCGGACUGCUAGGGCGCAUCGCACGAUCCCUCCCGGCUCUUCGGUGGCUCGGCGGGGAUAGCACCUGGGGGCGGCCCCAGACGGGGAUGGUCAGCGGCUGCAGCCGUCUGGCACGCGAGCGGGACACUGUGAAGGCACCAUGGCGCUGAAGCUCCAGCGCGGGUCCUUUUUGGGGUUGAGCCGACCGGAGCUGUGGUUGCUGCUGUGGGCAGCCGCGUGGCGCCUGGGGGCCACGGCGUGCCCCGCCCUCUGCACCUGCACCGGCACCACCGUGGACUGCCAUGGCACUGGGUUACAAGCCAUCCCCAAGAACAUCCCGCGGAACACCGAGCGCUUGGAGCUCAAUGGCAACAAUAUCACUCGGAUCCAUAAGAAUGACUUCGCUGGGCUCAAGCAGCUUCGAGUGCUGCAGCUGAUGGAGAACCAAAUUGGAGCCGUGGAACGUGGAGCUUUUGAUGACAUGAAGGAGUUGGAACGGCUACGAUUGAACCGCAACCAGCUGCACGUGCUGCCUGAACUACUGUUCCAGAACAACCAAGCUCUAUCUCGACUGGACCUGAGUGAGAAUGUCCUCCAGGCUGUGCCCAGGAAGGCUUUCCGGGGAGCCACAGACCUCAAAAAUCUACAGCUGGACAAGAACCAGAUCAGCUGUAUCGAGGAAGGGGCCUUCCGUGCCCUGCGGGGACUAGAGGUUCUGACACUGAACAACAACAACAUCACCACCAUCCCCGUGUCCAGUUUCAACCACAUGCCCAAGCUUCGGACCUUCCGACUGCACUCCAACCACCUGUUCUGUGACUGUCACCUGGCCUGGCUCUCGCAGUGGCUGAGGCAGAGGCCCACCAUCGGGCUCUUCACCCAGUGCUCCGGGCCCGCCAGCCUUCGGGGCCUCAACGUGGCAGAGGUGCAGAAGAGCGAGUUCAGCUGCCAGGGGGAGGCCACACGAGUACCCACCUGCACCCUCUCUUCCGGCUCCUGCCCAGCCAUGUGCACCUGCAGCAGUGGCAUUGUGGAUUGCCGUGGCAAAGGCCUCACCGCCAUCCCAGCUAACCUGCCUGAGACCAUGACGGAGAUCCGCCUGGAGCUGAAUGGUAUCAAAUCCAUCCCGCCAGGAGCCUUCUCUCCCUACAGAAAGCUGCGCCGGAUAGACCUGAGCAACAACCAGAUUGCUGAGAUCGCGCCCGAUGCCUUCCAGGGCCUCCGCUCCUUGAAUUCCCUGGUCCUCUAUGGCAACAAGAUCACAGACCUGCCCCGUGGUGUGUUUGGAGGCCUGUACACCCUCCAGCUGCUGCUUUUGAAUGCCAACAAGAUCAACUGCAUCCGGCCCGACGCCUUCCAAGACCUGCAGAACCUCUCUCUGCUCUCCCUGUAUGACAACAAGAUCCAGAGUCUUGCCAAGGGGACCUUCACCUCCCUGCGGGCCAUCCAGACACUGCAUCUGGCCCAGAACCCUUUUAUCUGUGACUGUAACCUCAAGUGGCUGGCAGACUUCUUACGUACCAACCCCAUCGAGACGAGCGGGGCCCGCUGUGCCAGCCCCCGGCGCCUCGCCAACAAGCGCAUUGGGCAGAUCAAAAGCAAGAAGUUCCGCUGCUCAGGGACGGAGGAUUACCAUUUGAACAGCGAGUGCACCAGUGAUGUGGCCUGUCCUCACAAGUGCCGUUGUGAGGCCAGUGUGGUGGAAUGCUCCAGCCUGAAGCUCUCCAAGAUCCCUGAGCGCAUCCCCCAGUCCACGGCUGAGCUACGAUUGAACAACAAUGAGAUUUCUAUCCUAGAGGCCACUGGGCUGUUUAAGAAACUCUCGCAUCUGAAGAAAAUUAACCUGAGCAACAACAAGGUGUCAGAAAUCGAAGACGGGACGUUCGAGGGUGCGUCCUCCGUCAGUGAGCUGCACUUGACCGCCAACCAGCUGGAGUCCAUCAGGAGCGGCAUGUUCCGUGGUCUAGAUGGCUUGCGGACCCUGAUGCUGAGGAACAACCAUAUCAGCUGCAUCCACAACGACAGCUUCACGGGGCUACGCAAUGUGCGGCUUCUGUCCCUUUACGACAACCACAUCACCACCAUCUCCCCCGGAGCCUUCGACACCCUUCAGGCCCUGUCCACACUAAACCUCCUGGCCAACCCGUUCAACUGCAACUGCCAGCUGGCCUGGCUGGGUGACUGGCUCCGGAAGAGGAAGAUCGUGACAGGGAACCCGCGCUGCCAGAACCCGGACUUCCUGCGGCAGAUUCCCCUGCAGGAUGUGGCCUUCCCCGACUUCAGGUGUGAGGAAGGCCAGGAGGAGGUGGGAUGCCUGCCCCGCCCACAGUGCCCCCAGGAGUGCGCCUGCCUGGACACCGUGGUCCGGUGCAGCAACAAGCAUCUCCAGGCUUUGCCCAAGGGCAUCCCCAAGAACGUCACAGAACUCUAUUUGGAUGGGAACCAGUUCACAUUGGUUCCGGGACAGCUGUCUACCUUCAAGUAUCUGCAGCUUGUGGACCUGAGCAACAACAAGAUCAGCUCCUUAAGCAAUUCAUCCUUCACCAACAUGAGCCAGCUGACCACGCUGAUCCUCAGCUACAAUGCCCUUCAGUGCAUCCCUCCUCUAGCCUUCCAGGGGCUCCGUUCCCUGCGCCUGCUGUCUUUGCAUGGCAAUGAUGUCUCCACCCUCCAAGAGGGCAUCUUUGCAGACGUGACGUCUCUGUCUCACUUGGCCAUUGGCGCCAACCCCUUGUACUGUGACUGCCAUCUCCGGUGGCUCUCCAGCUGGGUGAAGACUGGCUACAAGGAACCCGGCAUUGCCCGCUGUGCUGGACCCCCAGACAUGGAGGGCAAACUUCUGCUUACCACUCCUGCCAAGAAGUUUGAAUGCCAAGGUUCCCCCAGUCUGGCAGUCCAGGCCAAGUGUGAGCCCUGCUUGUCCAGCCCAUGCCAGAAUCAGGGCACCUGCCACAAUGACCCUCUUGAAGUAUACAGGUGUACCUGUCCCAGUGGCUACAAGGGCCGAGACUGUGAGGUGUCCCUGGACAGCUGUUCCAGCAACCCAUGUGGAAAUGGGGGAACCUGCCACACUCACGAGGGCGAGGAUGCUGGCUUCACGUGUUCCUGUCCCGCCGGCUUUGAAGGGCCAACCUGUGGAGUGAACACAGAUGACUGUGUGAAGCAUGCCUGUGUCAACGGGGGUGUCUGUGUGGACGGUGUGGGCAAUUACACCUGCCAGUGCCCCCUGCAGUAUACAGGAAGGGCCUGUGAGCAGCUGGUGGACUUCUGCUCCCCGGAUCUGAACCCAUGUCAGCAUGAGGCCCAGUGUGUGGGCACCCUGGACGGGCCCAGGUGUGAGUGUGUGCCAGGUUACACAGGUACCAACUGCAGCGAAAAUCGGGAUGACUGCGAAGGUCACCGCUGUCAGAACGGGGCCCAGUGUGUGGAUGAAGUCAACAGCUACGCCUGCCGCUGUGCCGAGGGCUACAGCGGACAGCUCUGUGAGAUUCCACCGGCCCCCAGGAGCCCCUGUGAGGGGACUGAGUGCCAGAACGGAGCCAACUGUGUAGACCAGGGCAGCCGGCCUGUAUGCCAGUGCCUGCCAGGCUUCGGCGGCCCUGAAUGUGAGAAAUUGCUCAGUGUCAACUUUGUGGACCGUGACACCUACCUGCAGUUCACCGACCUACAGAACUGGCCUCGGGCCAACAUCACUCUCCAGGUAUCCACAGCAGAGGACAAUGGGAUCCUCCUGUACAAUGGGGAUAAUGACCACAUCGCAGUUGAGCUGUACCAGGGCCAUGUCCGUGUUAGCUAUGACCCAGGCAGCUACCCCAGCUCUGCUAUCUACAGUGCCGAGACCAUCAACGACGGGCAGUUCCACACCGUUGAGCUGGUCACCUUUGACCAGAUGGUGAACCUCUCCAUCGAUGGCGGCAGCCCCAUGACCAUGGACAACUUUGGCAAGCACUACACGCUCAACAGUGAGGCACCCCUCUAUGUGGGAGGGAUGCCCGUGGACGUGAACUCAGCUGCCUUCCGCCUGUGGCAGAUCCUCAAUGGCACCAGCUUCCACGGCUGCAUCCGGAAUCUGUACAUCAACAAUGAACUGCAGGACUUCACGAAGACACAGAUGAAGCCGGGUGUGGUGCCGGGCUGUGAGCCCUGCCGGAAGCUCUACUGUCUGCACGGCAUCUGCCAGCCCAAUGCCACCCCAGGGCCCGUGUGCCACUGUGAGGCUGGCUGGGGGGGCCUGCACUGUGACCAGCCAAUGGAUGGCCCCUGCCAUGGCCACAAAUGUGUCCAUGGGAAAUGCGUGCCCCUUGAUGCUCUUGCCUACAGCUGCCAGUGCCAGGAUGGGUACUCAGGGGCUCUGUGCAACCAGGUCGGGGCUGUGGCAGAGCCCUGUGGGGGCUUGCAGUGCCUGCAUGGCCACUGCCAGGCCUCAGCCACCAAAGGGGCACACUGUGUGUGCAACCCAGGCUUUUCAGGCGAGCUGUGUGAGCAAGGUCAGGGGGCCCCCUCCUGACUGCCCUCUGCAGAGUCCCUCCCCACCAUUCUGCUGUAGGAGCUUCAUGUUAUCAUCCUCAAACCCCAUCACGCCCUGCCAUCCUCUUCCUUCUUCUUUCCCCCACCUCUGGUACUUGGGGGACUACUGGGCUUUUGUGCCCCCUGCCCUCUGGGCACAGAGCUCCACCUUUUCCAUCUCCUGGGCCCAGUCUGCCCUGCAGUUCCCUUGUCCAGGGCCCUGCCCUUCUUGGCUGAGGUGUCUCCACGGAAGAGACCAUCCAGGCAUACCCAGUAACAGCUCCUAGCCAGGCUCGAGCAUCUUGGUCUAUCAGCUUUGGACCCAGGUGUGGCAUGUCUGAAGGUUAGGGAAUUUCUUCCCAGACUUUCUCUGGGCCCCUUCACCAAGAUAUGUUGGCUAGACCCCAGAAUGCAGAGGCUGGGAAGAGGGAAGCUGGAGAAAUUCAGCCUUGGGCACCGUAGGGUCAGAAAG